GGAGGUUUUGUGCGCGUUUACAACUAUCUAACUAUCUUCAUCUGUCGAAAGUUGCAGGGUUGCAAACGGAUAGUCUCUCCUCAAUGACAUGUGGAGAAAGAGCGUGUGUGAGGGGUGUAAUGAACUCAUUCGGGACAGGUACAUGCUCCGCGUGCAGGACGGGCUGUGGCACGAGCGCUGCCUGCACUGCGCAUCAUGUCGCGAGCCUCUGAAAGACACCUGCUUCCUCCGAAAUAAGACACUCUACUGCAAGCGAGACUACCAGAAAUUGUUUUUAGUACGGUGCAAGGGCUGCGCAGAGAUCAUCUCUCCGGCCGAGCUGGUGAUGCACGCAGGCCCUGCGGUUUUCCACCUGCGGUGUUUCUGCUGCUGUGUGUGUGCCUGCAGGCUGCAGAAGGGAGACCGAUGUGUGCUUACAGGGGACAGGCUUUUCUGUGCCAGAGACUAUCACAACCAAAUGGCCAGCCCAACCACCUCCGACUCAGGUAAAAGUGAAGAUGUUGAGGAGGAGGAGGAUGAUGAUGAUGAAGACAACAUUAGGACUGCAGGGGAGUCUAACACAAUAGGAGACGUGGAACACAAGAGGCCUAAAAGGCCUCGUACAAUCCUUACAACACAGCAGAGACGUGCUUUCAAAGCUUCUUUUGAGGUCUCAUCCAAACCAUGUCGAAAGGUAAGGGAGACGCUGGCAGCAGAGACAGGAUUGAGCGUACGAGUCGUUCAGGUCUGGUUCCAGAACCAAAGAGCCAAGAUGAAAAAACUGGCAAGAAGACAACAGCAGCAGAAGCAAAGCCUGUCCUCUCAGGAGAAAAGGGAUAGCCAAUCACAACACACUGCGCCUUCUUGUGGAGGUAUGCCUGCCGAGCUGGAGUGCGCAGGUUCAUAUUCACUUACCCAGCAGAAUAUCAGUCUAGACUCACAGAGCUUCGAGCUGGACCCCUUCAGACAGGGGCUUACCCCUCCUCAAAUGCCUGGAGACCAUAUGCAUCCCUAUGGUUGUGACACAAUCUAUGAUGAUACAAACAGUGACCUGUGUCAUUUUGGAGACUGCAUGUCGUCGAGUGAACCCUCACUUUUAACACCGAUUGACCGAUUGUAUUCAAUGCAAGAUUCUUAUUUUGCCUCUUGAGUGUCAUUCAGACAGCUCAGGAAAGAUUUAUGGGGAGAGAGUGCAAGUGUACUAUGUAUGCUUCUGCGUGUAUUCUGCUUAUGCAUGUUUUAAGGUUUUGACUGGCGACAAUGGAAAUGUACUGUGAUGAAAAUGUUCUUUGUGUAAUUUGUAUUUAUUGUUUUAUGUGUGUAAUCUGGACUGAAUUACAAUA